AUGUUGGGAGCCGCCGGUGGAGGCGAUCUAGGCGCUCUGCCGCUGGAACAGUGGUUCUUUGAGAUGCCCGUGUGCACGCGAUGGUGGACCACUGCCACGGUUGUUACAGGCUUGUUGGUGCAAUGCCACGUCCUCACGCCCUUUCAACUGUUUUAUUCCUUCCGAGCUGUGUUUGUGAGAAGUCAGUACUGGCGCCUCUUCACCACCUUCAUCUACUUCGGCCCUCUAUCCCUAAACCUGCUGUUUCAUAUUUUCUUUAUCCAACGCUACGCCCGCAUGCUCGAAGAAUCCGCAGUCUCUCAGGCACACUUUACUUGGAUGCUUGCUUAUGCGGUAACCACCCUUCUCUGUCUUGCUCCUGUCGUGUCGGUGGUGUUUUUAGGCAGUAUACUUAGUAGCACACUGGUCUACAUCUGGAGCCGCAAACACCCAGACGUCCAACUUAGCUUUUUGGGGCUUNNUUUUGUGUUUAGGGCGCCGUGGUUGCCGUGGGUUAUGAUUGGCUUGAGUGUGGUUAUGCAUGGCAAUUGGCCUAAAGAUGAGUUGUGUGGUAUUGCUGUGGGACAUGUCUACUACUUCUUCAACGACAUUUAUCCGGCAAACCACAAUGGCCAACGACCCUUGGAUCCUCCUAUCUGGUGGCAGAGAUUGAUAAGAGGAAAUGCGGUUGUGGAUGCAGAGUUAAGGCAACAAAGACCUGCGGAAACUGCUGCUCCUGCUGUGCAGUUGCAAUGA